GAAAUGUCUGUCUUAACCUUUACAGAUCUAGAAGCAUGACAUAACUGUGCCUGCUGAAGACUUCCAAAGGCUUCAGUAAAAUCUUUUUAUGGCCACAUGUCAGUCCUGAGCCAACUUAUGCUAUAAAGGCUUUGAAAAGACUGAUAGAAGAGAUAUAGUUGUCACUGAGGGGAUGACCGCCGGGUCUUACUUUGGCAUAUGGAAGAAGCCAUCCAUUCAAGAGUCAAACCAGUUCAGCUGAAAGGGGAGCAUCACUCUAAUAUCUUCUGCCUAGCUUUCAACAGCGGCAAUACAAAAGUGUUCUCUGGAGUUUACAUAAAACCACUGUGCCUCUGCCAGGAAUUAUUUCCAUUGGAGGAGUCAGGAACUCUAUCAGCUGCUCCAUCAAGAUUCACUGAGCUCAUCUGCAAGGGCUGCAAUGAUGAGCAAGUUAUACUCCAUGAUGUUGAAAGCACUGAAACUUUGGAUGUGUUUGCCCAUGAAGAUGCAGUGUACGGCCUUUCAGUAAGCCCAGUAAAUGACAACAUCUUUGCCAGUUCAUCAGAUGAUGGCCGAGUUCUUAUUUGGGACAUCCGAGAGUCUUCCCAUGGAGAGCCCUUCUGCUUGGCACACUACCCAUCAGCCUUUCACAGUGUAAUGUUUAAUCCAGUAGAACCCAGAUUACUGGCUACCGCCAACUCUAAGGAAGGUGUGGGACUCUGGGAUAUUCGUAAACCUCAGAGUUCACUUCUCCGCUAUGGUGGAAACCUCUCCCUUCAGAGUGCCAUGAGUGUCCGGUUCAACAGUAAUGGGACCCAGCUGCUGGCUCUGCGUCGGCGCCUUCCCCCGGUCCUCUACGACAUCCAUUGCCGGCUUCCUGUCUUCCAGUUUGACAACCAAGGGUACUUCAACUCAUGUACUAUGAAGAGCUGCUGUUUUGCAGGUGAUCGUGAUCAGUACAUCCUUUCGGGCUCUGAUGACUUCAAUUUGUAUAUGUGGAGGAUUCCUCCAGAUCCAGAAGCAGGUGGCAUUGGCAGGGUCGUCAAUGGUGCUUUUAUGGUAUUGAAAGGUCAUCGGUCAAUUGUAAACCAAGUCCGGUUUAAUCCUCACACUUACAUGAUCUGUUCUUCUGGUGUUGAAAAGAUUAUAAAGAUCUGGAGUCCCUACAAGCAGCCUGACUGCACAGGGGACCUGGAUGGUAGAAUUGAGGAUGAUUCACGUUGCCUCUACACUCAUGAAGAGUACAUCAGUCUUGUGUUGAACAGUGGUAGUGGUUUGUCCCACGAUUAUGCCAACCAGUCAGUCCAGGAAGACCCACGGAUGAUGGCCUUUUUUGACUCUCUUGUGCGCCGGGAGAUCGAGGGCUGGAGUUCUGAUUCAGACAGUGACCUCAGUGAGAGCACAAUCCUACAGCUCCAUGCAGGAGUAAGUGAACGCUCCGCUUACAGCGAGUCAGAGUCCUCCACCUCUUUGCAUCACUCCCCACCGCAUGUGGCUGAAGAGUCUGAUGAAACUGCCUAUAACUUAAGGGCCUUAAGAUCGACUGCAUCCCCCUCAGCCAGAGAAGACGUAGCUUCCCGUCAGCAGAGGCUGUCUGCACUGAGAAAGUAUCAGGAUAAACGUCUCCUGGCCCUUUCCAAUGAGUCUGACUCUGAUGACAAUACCUGUGAGGCAGAACUAGAUACAGACCUUUUCCCACGGCCACCGUCCCCGAGUCCGGAGAACGAAUCCAGCAGUUCCAGCAGCAGCAGCAGUACAGAAGAUGAAGAGGAACUGAAUGAAAGACGCACAUCCAUGAGGCAACGCAAUGCCCUGAGGCGGCGCCAGAAGGUGCAAAAGGAGGAAAGGACUAGCACUAACACGGAGAAUGUAACUCCCUACAUAGGGGAGGACAUAUAUGAUUACCCCCAGAUCAAAGUAGAUGAUCUUUCUUCUUCCCCAGCUUCUUCACCAGAAAGGAGUUCGGCCAACAAAGAAGUUCUCAAAGAAAGGACGUCUCCUUGUUCAGACAGUGAAUCAGUGGAGAGAAAGAUUUACAAAGCUUACAAAUGGCUUCAUUAUUCUUACAUAUCAUAUUCAGCUAGUAAAGAUGGUGAAUCCUCCAGAGGAGAUGGAGAGAACGAUGAAGGGAAACCGGGAACCAGUGGAAGGCACAGUGCAUCACGCUCGCUAACUAAGGAAGAUUGUAGGAACUUAAGUUCAGUAAUUCCUCAAGGUUCCUCAGCUCUUUCUGCUGAAAGCCACAACAGAGAAACUUCAAAAGAAUGUGGUGUGAUAGAAAAUUCUAGUAAUGGUCAAGCUUAUGAAUGUGACAAUCAGCGACGAAUGGAGGGUCAAGAAAACACGUCUGAAGACACUAGCAGUGGAGGUACAGAGCAUUCUUUUGAGACUAAAAAGCUCAAUGGAAAAGCUAACUGCAAAGGGCUAAAUAGUUGUACCGAAGAACCUGCAGGACUUGUGGAACAGAAAAAUAGUCAGAACUGUCAACCAGCAUCAAGCCAUCACUCACUGGCCCCUCCCUUCUCUGCUGUCACGAUCUGUAGCAUGUCAGGUCACUGCUCCAGAAACCAGACUGAUGACAGUGAGGAGAGGAGCCUUGACCCCUCCUGUGUUAACUACAAUAAUGGCCACUUGCAUCUUCACCCUUCACACUUCAACAACGGACAGAGUUUUGGAGAGCAGGAGACUGUGACGCAAGGACUACAGGUGCACUCAAAUGCUGAUAACGGCAACCUUGUACAGGUGGGUGUGACCUUGCACAAAGACUGCUGCCUGUCUGAAAUGGACUCCAACAGCUACAAUGUGAGCACAAGAGAGGAUACUGCUGACUUGCAUCCUGCAGGCAGUGAGAGCACUCAAUCUCUUGGAGGACUGAAAAGGCACAGAGCGGAGUUGGAAGACGCAGAUUCAGAGAGUUCAUCCUUAGAAAAGAAGUUAAAAACAUGAUAAAUGCAAAUGUCUGUCGUAGUGUGCACUCUCUCAGAAAGAAAAGGAAAGUGAAAGUAUUAAAGGCACAUAGAGCUUGGGUCUGAAACAUUGUGUUUGAUUCUCCAUUCCAUUCAAGUGGGUCUGUUUUAGAUUGCCAGUGGUUCAUGCUGUGUAAAAAUCCAACUUGCUCCUUAAUGAGACUGAGUCUAGUGUACCCAUACAAGGUUCUGUUUAAAGUAAAUCCUUAUUAAGAUGGUUGACUGAA